CUUUUUCUUGCCGCAGUUUGAUCAGCUCUUGACGUUUUUACAUAAUAUUCCUCCUAAAGGGUCGGUCUUGAAUUUCUUGGCCGGAAGUUAUACACAAUGUCACUGACUCAAGUCGUACGUAGUUGCAGCCGCUUUGCUGCUGUUUCAAAGGCACUGCGUGCGACCGCCGCAGUCUCGUCCACUGCCCAGCCACAGCUGCGUAUGAUGCACAGGAUUAGUGUCAACACACCUGCCAUUAGCAUUUUGCUUAAUCAGAAUGUUUACAAAGCAAAAUCCUAUGAGGUACGCACCUAUGCAUCAGCUAAACGCAGUUUGGAGGAAAUACAGGAUCGAGUUCUAAAAGUAGUCUCUAGCUAUGAUAAAGUGACCGCUGAUAAGAACAAAUCUGUAUGGCAAUCACAAUCGGUGCGAAGCUAUUCUGCAAAGCCGCCACUUACUCUUAAAUUGAUCAACGAACGUGUGUUACUCGUAUUGAAACUCUAUGAUAAGAUUGAUCCUAGCAAGCUCAGCGUGGACUCGCAUUUCAUUAAUGAUCUUGGUCUUGACUCGUUGGACCAUGUUGAAGUAAUCAUGGCGAU